AGGAAAAAAUGAAGAUAUGUUUGGGGCUUGGAAAUUAAACCUCAACCCCAAACUCAACGAUAAGAAAAAUCCUUUUGACGCCUACUUCCAACCUCUAGUAUAAUAUAAUACAUAUCUCUCUUCGCCACUCUCUGUCUGCGGCCACAAACACAAAAGAGAAAGAGAUAUGGCAUCAGCUACUGCUUCCCACACUUUCUGCGGCAUUCCCACCACAUCAUCAUCCUCUACCACCAACAGGUCUACCACCCAUUCCUCUGCUCGCUUCCUCCUCAAAACUCCUCUCCGCCGCCUCGGUUUCGCCGGCGCUGUCGCUGAUCCUCUCUUCACCAACCACGUCGCAACCAAGCUCCGAUCUCUCAAGGCCUCCUCCAAUCCUGUUAGGGCCGUUGUCUCCAUGGCCAAGAAGAGCGUUGGAGACCUUAGCUCUUCCGAUUUGAAGGGCAAGAAAGUCUUCGUCAGGGCUGAUUUGAAUGUCCCACUUGAUGAUGCACAGAACAUUACUGAUGACACUAGGAUUAGAGCUGCCAUCCCUACCAUCAAACACUUGAUUGCCAAUGGGGCUAAAGUUAUUCUCUCCACUCACUUGGGAAGGCCAAAGGGAGUCACUCCUAAAUACAGCUUAGCACCGCUUGUCCCCAGGCUAUCUGAACUACUUGGAAUCCAGGUUGUAAAGGCUGAUGAUUGCAUUGGUCCAGAAGUUGAGAAGUUGGUUGAUUCACUUCCAGAGGGCGGUGUUCUUCUUCUUGAGAAUGUAAGAUUCUACAAGGAGGAAGAGAAGAAUGAACCUGA